AUGCCUGAGAAACACAAGUUGAGCUUGUUUUCAAGACAUAAGCAUAGCAAUGACGGACACGAUCUAUCACCGAGCAGUACAGACAUGUCAAGUGGGCGUAAAUUCCUCGGCUUCCACAUUGGUAAGCAUGAUUCUCAAGAUUCGUUACCUUCACCCAGUGGUACUCCCGAACCACACCAUGAUGUCCAUUCACCGCCUAAUUUCAACCGAAAACCAACAGCUCCAUCGCCCGUUCCAUCAAAUACUACCAAUCAUCUGCAAGACACUAAUAAGCCUGCUGGGUCAAUGAGUGAAUUGAAACGGUUCUUUAAACCUACAAAAAAGACAUCGAAUGCUAAAGGUGGUGGUGGUGGUAGUAGCGGACACUACUCGAACCAAAUACAUACCCCUCCACCAAUUGCUAGUGGAAGUGGAACUUCUUCACGAGACCAAUCGAGCACCGCCCUAGCUACCAUGAUUAACCAAACAUCAUCACAAUUACUUGCCAAUGCCUCACAUUCACUGAAUUCAAACAAGGAUCCAUUUACUGAUGAUAGUUCACCCUUGGUGCAAAAGUAUGGUAAAGUGGGAAAAGAGUUGGGUAGUGGAGCUGGUGGGUCAGUCAAGCUAAUCACAAGACCUUCUGACUCGAAAACAUUUGCUGUUAAAGAGUUUCGAGCUAAGCGAGCUAAUGAGUCGUUGAAAGAUUACACGCGGAAAUGUACCGCAGAAUACUGUAUUGGCUCAACAUUGAAGCAUCCAAAUAUUAUUAAAACCAUUGAUAUCUUGCAUGAAAACAACCGAUAUUUUGAAAUUAUGGAGUACGCACCAAUUGAUUUCUUUGCGGUGGUGAUGAGUGGCGAAAUGUCAAGAACUGAAAUCAAUUGUUGUUUGAAACAAAUUAUUGAAGGGGUUAAUUACUUGCAUGGUCUUGGAUUAGCUCAUCGAGAUUUGAAAUUGGACAAUUGUGUAUUGGAUAAAAAUGGAAUUUUGAAGCUUAUUGAUUUUGGUAGUGCUGUGAUUUUCAGAUACCCUUAUGAUCAAUUUGGUAGUGCUCAAAAUGUUCAUCCAUGUCAUGGUAUUGUUGGUAGUGAUCCAUAUUUGGCCCCUGAAGUGUUGAAAUCACCAAAUUCAUACAAUCCACAACCAGUUGAUCUUUGGUCAAUUGCAAUCAUAUAUUGUUGUAUGACGUUAAAGAGGUUCCCAUGGAAAAUACCCAAUCCUGAAAAGGAUAAUAGUUUUAAAAUGUAUUGCAUGCCUGAUGACAAUUAUCAUGAUUAUUAUUUGAGUAAUGAGUGUCACAAGUUGCUUUUGCAGCAACGUAAGUUGAAAAACACCCUUGUACGUCUGAAUAAGAGAAAGAAGUUAUUGGAGGAGGAACAAAAGGAAGCAAGUGAGGCUGUAUCUACAGCUAAGGAGGGAGGUGAAGGUGAAGAUAAAGGCGAAGAGGAAAAUGGGGGUGAAAAGAAAGGUGAAAAUGAGGGUGGAAAUGAGGGUGAAAAGGAAGGUGAAAAUGAGGGGGAGAAGGAGGGUCAAGUGGCUAAAUUAGUUGCAAAGUCGAUUGAUUCAGGUGAUAUUCUCGAUGAAACUCAGCAGAAUGAAAUCUUGACCCAAUUGAAAGAAAUUGAUCAAAAGUUGGAAGAAUACGAAACCAAGAAAACUAACGCCAGAAAUGAAUUCAAUGAGCAAAGAAAGAAUGAUCCAGCUUAUCAGAAGCUUCUUGCGCAACAAGAAGAAGAAGAUAAACGUAUUCAACAAGAAAAAGAAGCCGCUGCCGCUGCCGCCGCAAAUGCAGAUGGUAAAGAAACCAAAAAGAAACCAGUGGCCCACAAGCAAAUACAUGGCCCUUAUAGAUUGAUGCGUCUUUUACCCCAUGCUUCACGUCCAAUCAUGUCUAGAAUGUUACAUACUGACCCAAAACAGAGGGCUACUUUAGAAGAGAUUAUGAAUGAUGAGUGGAUCAAGGAUAUACAAUGUUGCACUUUGAAACGAGAGACUCGUAGUGCUGAUAAUAUUGGUGCUAAUUUUGAUGAAGACGAUGAGGAGAUUUUGGUCAAGGGAACUCCACCUCAUGAACAUACAAUCGUUUCGGAGAGUUCGUAG